CUCGUCGCGGCAGUCGUCAUGGCGGCAUUGCAUGGGUUGCGCCGUUCUUCAACUUCAAGUGGAUUUUUUUGAUUCAGAUCUUGCUGCCCAUGGAUUAAGAACAAUGGUGUCUAUAUGAACCUUCGAAGGCAGCAUUGUCCGAGGUUGUUAACAUCAGUUGCAAGAGAACGUUUCUGAUGACGGCCCAGACAACAACAAUCUUGUAGGUUUCAUCGUAGCACAGAUCUUCAGACCGCAUAACUUGCAGUGUCAGCUCGCAGGCACGUCCAAUGAUAUCAGCACUGGGCCAAGAUGCAUCUGCAAUGAUGCGAGAGCUGACAACAAAGACUUAUGAAUCCUUGAACGCAUUGCUUAGUGCUCCAAACCUCGCCAGCAGAAUGAAACCCCGUUUGCACAGAAUUCCACUCAAGUUCUCAGGAUUUGGCGCGGGAACAUGAGUGAUCGAUCAUCAGCUGUCCUGGUGAAUGCAGCAAGACUUGCCCAGCGCAUAGCCAUGGCCCCAUAGGUCUCUAGAUUUAGUUACAGUCAGCCCGACUCAUGAUGCUGGGACAGGUGGGGUUCCCUAGGGGCUUAUGGGUGAGCACGUGUGUGGAGCUCAUAUAUGACCCGAUUCAGGUUCUUGGCUUCGUUCUGCUUAACCCUUGAGCUGAUUAUAACUAUUUCAGAGUGUUAUCAUGUCCCCUGCCCCCCGGGUCCGUAUGGAUCAUGGCCUCAAACGAGUCACCAAACGGUUUCAACGGUCCGGCUACCACCUGCGGCGGUGUCUCCUCAUCAACUUGCGCCGCGUCGCAAUUCUGCUUGCGAUCCUAGUGGGGUUCUACCAAGCGCAGUGGCUCGUCAAACUCGCCGCAGAACCCUCGGAGGACGGCCAAAACCUGCUCACGCGGAGCAUGCGACGCGCCCGUGUGCGGGACGACAAAAUGCUCGAGUUUUCCCACAGGGAUCCCCCGGGCCGGGGCAGCUCUUCGUGCCGGUUUCUCCCCCACUCGAUCCCCGCGGAAGGGAAGCCCGACCGGCGAUUGCGACACCCGGACGACAGCUGUAACCAGGACGAAGCGUGCACGACUGAGUUUGAGCGGGUUUGCUUAACCCGGAGGGAACCCGCACCGCCACCGGACCCCCCGUACUAUCGAACGGGCCGGCCGUACAUGGACGUUGUGGGGGUGGGGCCCAAAUGCAAGGAUCAGAACGAUCUGGCGGUGCUUUACGGGGGGCCGACGUGUCGGCACAUGGGGAAGCGGUUGCCGCUACGUGCGGCCGGGCCGCUGCCACAGACGGGGCUAUUAGAGCCGGAUGGGCAGAAGAUUGUGUGGAAACCGUGCACAUUCAUCAUAUACUGCGCGCACGAGGGGUGCGACAUGAACUUUUUCCAUGCAAUUGCCCUCGCCUACUACUCCACCUAUGUCGCCGUUCAAAAACUCGGCCUUACGGACCUGCAAGGCAUCGACGUUGAGUUCUACGAGAGCCCCUCGGUUAGCCCCAACCCAGACGAGGCCAAACCCCCCGAGUUGAUUAGAAAAGCGCGCGAGCGGCACACCAUGUUUUUGGAGGCGUUUCGCCCCGCGAGCAUCAAGUUCGUCGAUAUUAGCCUGGAAGCUACCGUCCAGCAUUUGGGUUGUUACGAGAGCGUCGCAUUUGCGGGGCACAUCGAGUGGCCCUGGCACUGCCGAACGACGGGCACGAAAGUCGAUCCGAUGCUCGCGGGGUUUUCCAGCUUCAUCGCCAAGUCGCUCGGGUUCGCGCCCCGUCCGACGCUCCCCCGCGAGGACCACAUUCUCUAUUUCAAGCGCGAGACCACCGUUCGAACCCUGAGAAACUCAGCGGAGCUCGAAGCCGCGUUUCCGGUCCCGUACAACAUUUACUCGCCCGGAAACUCGAACCAGACGUACCGGGAACGGCUGACGGAGCUGAUACAGCUAACGCAACACGCGAGCAUUCUUUUCGGGAUGCACGGCGCGGGGCUGACGAACGCGAUCUUUGCGGCGCCGGACGCGGUUGUGAUCGAGGUUACGAAUUGCUACUACCGCAUCCCGCUGUACCGUAACCUGGCGGUGCUGACCGGAAAGAACUACCUGGAACUGGUGGUCGCGGUCGACGAAGGGUGUAAAAAGCUUGGCGAAGGCGACUUGCUACACGUGGCGCAUCAUGGGGACCAUCUGACAGUCAACGUGAACGAUCUAGCGGGCGUUCUCGACCAAGCACGGAUAAUUCUGCAACGGGCACGUGACAGAGGGAAACAGUCGAGUUGGAGACGGUAGACGGAGAUUAGAGUAAUGGCCUCACAUAACCUAGUUCGCAUGCGCUCGCGGCGACGUGCGUCCGUCCCCAUCGUCUCGGAAGAUGAUUACAUCAUUUUUUAAUUCUAGACGGUAACAAGUGGCGUACACGUCCCCAAUAUCGGCCUAGGCUAAGAUGCAAAUAUGUAGCCGCUCAGUAAGCCGCUGAGAAUUGUCAAAGUGUCUGAUUUAUGGUGUUUUUAGAUCUUGAAUCGUUGAUCGUUGCAAUUCAAGAACUUCCGUGCAUAAGUGUAGAUGUCGUUCAAUGGAGUAACCAGGCUCCCUGCCCGUUGCCAAACUUCGGUAGCUAGUGACAUUAUUCGGCUAGUUAGGCCCGGGACUCGGAGCCAAACUUAUUGCAAUUUUAUCUACAUUUGACUCGACAGUACAAGCUAAUCACGCCGUGAUGGUACGUGUUAACAGGUUGGCACUGAUCGUCUUCAGGCU